CAUUUCCCUCAGUAAGUGACGAUAAGAAUGAAUGGACAUAUAUCAAACACCCCUCCUGGUGGAUAUGGAAGUUAUUUUCCUCAAAUGAAUGGCUAUGGUUCCCCAACAUUUACCCAGGCAGAGAGGGAGCAGAAUUCAAGAACAAGUGCAAAAGCUCUUUAUGAACAAAGAAAGAAUUAUGCACGAGACAGUGCCAGCAGCAUAUCCGAAACUUCGCAGUAUCGCGUAGAGCACUUGACCACCUUUGUUCUGGACCGAAAAGAGGCCAUGAUUACAGUAGAUGAUGGAAUAAGGAAGCUGAAAUUGCUGGAUGCCAAAGGCAAAGUGUGGACUCAAGAUAUGAUUCUGCAAGUGGAUGACAAAGCUGUCAGUUUGGUGGACUUGGAAUCAAAGAAUGAACUGGAGAAUUUUCCUUUAAGCACAAUUCAGCAUUGCCAAGCUGUGAUGAAUGCAUGCAAUUACAAUUCAAUUCUUGCAUUAAUUUGUAAAGAACCAACCCAGAACAAGCCCGAUUUGCAUCUUUUCCAGUGUGAUGAGAUUAAGGCUAGCUUUAUUCACGAAGAUAUUGAAAGUGCAAUCAGUGACAGCAAAAGUGGGAAGCAGAAGAAGAGGCUUGAAACACUGAGAAUGAUAUCCAAAGCUGACAGUGCCAUUCCUCCGCCACCACGAGCGCCUGCCCCUGUGCCACCAGGAACCAUCACCCAGGUGGACGUCAGAAGCCGUGUGGCGGCAUGGUCUGCGUGGGCUGCAGAGCAGGGGGAGUUUGAAAAACAUAGACAAUACCAUGAUCACGAAGAGACAGCAGAGAUGAUAGCAGCUAGGAUUGACAGAGAUGUUCAAAUUCUGAACCAUAUUUUGGAUGACAUUGAGUAUUUUGUUACCAAACUUCAAAAGGCUGCUGAAGCUUUUGCUGAACUUUCAAAGAGGAAGAAAACUAAGAAAAGUAAAAAGAAAGGACCUGGAGAGGGAGUCCUUACUCUCCGUGCAAAACCGCCACCUCCAGAUGAAUUUGUUGACUGCUUCCAAAAAUUCAAGCAUGGCUUCAAUCUUCUGGCCAAAUUAAAGUACCAUAUCCAGAAUCCUAGUGCAGCUGAACUGGUUCAUUUUCUGUUUACUCCACUAAAUAUGGUCGUACAGACAACAGGAGGUCCGGAGCUUGCUAGUACAGUACUCAGCCCCCUCUUAACAAAAGAUACUAUAGAUUUCCUGCGAUAUACUGUCACCAGUGAGGAAGGACAGUUAUGGAUGUCAUUGGGUGACACAUGGACCAAAGCCAGAGCGGACUGGCCCAAAGACCAUUUUAUUCCACCUUAUGUCCCCCGUUUCCGAAAUGGUUGGGAGCCUCCUUUGCUGAACUUCGCAGGAGCUCCAAGGGAGCAAGAACUCAAUCAUUUGGCUGAGUCCGUGGCAAAUGUUGCAGAGCAACAGCGGAAGCAAGAAAUGAAAAGACUGUCAACUGAGCCUCCCGGUGUUCCCGACUACCCUCCAUCGGAUGGGUAUGCAUUCAGUAACACAGUUUACAAAAGAGGGCCUCUGCUGGACCAGGGGGCGGCUGUUGCUGCCUUUAAGCAAACUGUUAGCCGACAUGUAGAUAGAAACUAUGAAGCACACAGUAAAGCACAGACCAAGAAAUAUGCCAAAUGCAAGUAUGAAUUUAUGGCAAGAAACAACAGUGAGCUUUCUGUCAUGAAAGAAGAGAUUGUAGAGAUUCUCGAUGACAGAAAGCAGUGGUGGAAGGUUCAGAAUAAAAGUGGCAGCACAGGUUUUGUGCCAAACAACAUUUUGGACCCUCUGAGGAAUCAAGAAGGUGGUCUGGGAUGGUCAGAGCCUGCGUAUACCCGCACCAUCCAGAAACAGAGGACAGACUAUGUUGCAAAACAACCUGAUCCGGUUCCUGCUACUCCUUCACCACCUCCAACACCUGCUCCUGUCCCUGUCGCUGUCCCUCUCCCUCCUAGCGCACCAGCACCUAUACCGGUUCCUGUGCCCAAAGCUCCAGCAACCGUCAGCCGCCAAAGCAGCACCUCGAGCGACAGCGGUGGUAGUGUUGCACGAGACACUCAGAGGCAGAAGCAAGUUCCUGUGGAUCGCAGGAAAUCACAGAUGGAGGAGGUGCAGGAUGAACUUGUUCAUCGGCUCACCAUCGGCCGGAGUGCUGCCCAGAGGAAGUUCCACGUGCCACGACCAAACAUCCCAGUAGUUAACAUCACUUACGACUCUUCGCCUGAAGAUGUGAAAGCGUGGUUGCAGUCCAAAGGAUUCAAUCCUGUGACUGUCAAUAGCCUUGGCGUGCUGACUGGUGCUCAGCUUUUCUCCCUCAAUAAAGAUGAACUGAGGACUGUUUGCCCAGAAGGGUCAAGAGUCUACAGCCAAAUUACGGUACAGAAGUCUGCCUUGGAGGCUAACAGUGGUAGUUCAGAACUGCAAGAAAUUAUGAGAAGACGGCAAGAAAAAAUCAGUGCAGCUGCCACAGAUUCAGGUGUGGAGUCCUUUGAUGAAGGAAGCAGCCACUAAAAUGUCUUUCCUCUUUUCUUAAUUCCAUUGUCCAUAGCAUUAUACCAUCUGGCUUUGCUUUAGAAAGCAGUGCAAGGGAAUGUCUUAUAAUAUUGUAAACCUAACUAGCCACCAUGCAGAAAACUUACAGUAGUCUCCACAGAAGUACCUGCUGCUGGCUUCUCAUCAUUAGCAAUGAACAGAUGAGGAAUUCAAUGGAUGUUCCUGACAGGUGAAAGUAUUGGCACAUGGUUCUUUUACACACAAAGAUGAGUCUUGGCUUUAUGGAAUUAACCAUUCCAUAACAGAUAAACUGGAACACAUCUUUGUUUUGAAUUCAUCUGAGGGAAGCUGAGCCAGCAUAAAAAAGCAUUUGAACCCUUCACUAACAAUAAGAUUCUGAAUCCCAUCUCUUGCUGUAGUUUGCAAUUAUGUCUUUCUGGCUCAGUCUUUCUUGUCAUGGGUUCCGGUGCAGGAUGUUUAGUUAAUAUGGUGAUGCCAGCAA